GGAAACAGCCAAUAUUUCUUUAUCCAUCCAGAGACGGCUCUGGCUCGUGUUCUGGCGUUCCGGCUGCGAGGAGGUUCCGGCAGGCUCUGGCACCCAAUGCAGGCACCGUAGUUUUGCCGGCUUUGUUGCUUUUGCCACAUGUUCCACUGUGCCUUUAACUUUUGGUCGUAGUUUCGGAAGUUUCGUCGUACCAGUGGUACCAGCGCGCUAGCGCCCGUCUACGCCGUGUAGUCGGUGUAAUGUCGUCCGUCGUCUGCACGUGAAGUGUAGGUUCCGGAAUUCCCUUCGGACUCCUGAGCGGUUAUCGUAAUCCUUAGAGGAAAAUACCAUUCAUAGCAUGACCAUGGGCCCAGCGUUGCCGCUACUGGAACGUUCCUGCAUGUUCCUGUUGUCCCGAAGCCGAACUUGCGUCUCGCGACAGCCCCUCCUCCGUUUGAGUACGGGCGCUGCACAGCGCAGCCCGGACAGUCGAGUCAGGGACGGUCUUAGCCCUGAGACGACGCACGAGCCCGGCUUCAAAAAAGAGAGUGUCGCAGAGCUUUUCCGUCGAUCCGCGACGUUCGACAGCGACAGGCCCAAGGAUGUCCACGAUCUGUGGUCGUCGGCCACCUACCCCGUCAACUUCAAACUCCCGGAGGAGAAGGAAAAAGAGGAGUCGAUCAGGAUUGACCCUAAGAAUACGAGCGUCGUCCUGUUCCCCGGACAGGGCUCGCAGUUUGUGGGCAUGGGCAACGACCUGCUUCAGUACCCCAACGUGAAGGAGAUGUAUGAGCGGGCGAGUGAGAUCCUCAAGUAUGACCUUGAGAGGAUGUGCUUGGAGGGACCCCGGCAAGAUUUGAACCAGACGGUGCACUGCCAGGCUGCUGUGGUAGUCACCUCGCUGGCCGCUGUGGAGCGCCUCCGAGCUCUCCAGCCUUGGGCUAUUGAAAACUGCGUGGCUGCAGCAGGAUUCAGCGUUGGAGAAUACGCUGCCCUUGUAUUCAGCCAGGCCCUCUCUUUUGAGGAUGCGGUACGACUGGUGAAGAUCCGUGGAGAAGCCAUGCAGGCUGCGUCGGAGCUUGCGCCCGGAGGGCUGAUGACCGUGUUCUUGGCCACCACGGCCAGGGCGAGUUACAUUUGCAAGCUGGCCAGGGAGUGGUGCUACCGCCAGGGCUACGAGGAUGCUGUGUGCAGCGUAGCCAACUACCUCUUCCCCCACUGCAAGGUCAUCGGGGGCUCUGAACAGGCACUGCAGUUUGUGGAGCUGAACGCCCGUGAUCUGGGCAUCAAGCGGUACAAGCGGCUGUCGGUGAGCGGGGCCUUCCACACACCCCUGAUGCGGCCCGCCCAAAAGCCGCUGGCUCGGGCGCUCCAGGCGGUGCACCUUUCGCCGCCACGUAUCAUGACCCACUCGAACCUGGACGGUGCGGCCUACACCCACCCCGAGGAGAUAAGGCGCAAGCUGGAGGCGCAGCUGGUUAUGCCGGUCAAGUGGGAGCAGCUCAUGCAGCAGGUGUACAACAGGGACGUGGGGGAAGAGUUUCCACGGACCUUUGAGUGUGGGCCGGGCACGUCCCUGCGUGCUGUGCUCAAGAUGGUCAAUGGAAAGGCCUGGAAUGUGUCUGAAAGCAUCGGUGCGUAGCCCCCUGUUGCUGAAAUGGCCUAGCCUGAGGCCGAGUCUCGCUAGAACAACGUUCGACCGACCCUGCUCGUGGUGCACAAAAUCUGGUGCUUUGCUCUUGUUGACUGGCAAUUGGGCAAGUCGGCACGUUCCUCUUGACUGCAGUUUUGAGCCUAUGGUGCAUGUGACACCUCAGUUGUUUAAAUAGAUCGAUCAUCAUUUUCUCAUCAGACACAGAAAAAUGUUGUUGGUUGACUGACUAUUAAACAUGUUCAUUGAAAGCUAGCAAUGUUUGUUCAAUAAGCGAGGCUGUUGUCAUUGAAUAAGUGUGCAAUAAAAUGGAACAAAUGUUGAAUAUAUUCACUCUGAAAACAAUUCCGAUUGCUAAACUGCAGUGGCUGACAGCAUCCCAUCUCUCGCUGCCAAAAUGGAACCAGUGAAAUCACUAAUUGUCUUCUAAUGGCAUUCGGAGUGUAUCGAGGGUCCAUAAAUUGAUUUUUGUACUUUCUGUAAAUACUGCUUAGAAUUAAUACUUGACAUAACCUAUGAAACAGAUAUUAUUUUUUCUCUCCAUCCAGUGGCACUCUCGUAAACAUUUAGCGAAUAACGAGCAGUAUUCACCCCCCCUCAACUUGCAGCCAAAACAUUGGUCACGUGAUCUGGUACCAAUGUUUGUCAAAGUCACAUAUGGGUUGGCAAAGCACAGAGCAUGUGUUGAGUUGAGCUCCAGACAUUAUUAACGUCUGGCUAUUCCUGUCAUUGCGGCGAUUGAACGUAGCCACUAUCUAAAGGUAAGGCAUUGAUUGUCACGAGCCCUCAUCAUAUACUCGUGUCCAUUUUACUUUCGUCGGCAUGUGGUAAUCCCUGCGUCUACAUCGACAUGGUGAUCAGUCUGGCUUAUGGGGCUUUGCGCAGGAGGGACUAAAAACAAAAUCCACAUUUAAUCCUCGAAUUCUUCCCUUGAAUUCACUUGAUGACAAGGAAUAAGCUUUUAUACUUCAUGUCACUAGUUGCGUGCAGCACAGGCAGAGGCAACGCCAGGCGAGGGGAGAAAGGGCAAGCAGUAGGAAGGCUGGGGACUAGGAGAGAAACCUCUCCCCUCUAAAGUUCGUAGUGGCCUCCCUUCGGCCUCCUUCCUAGUGCUUGCCCUUUCUCUCCGCCUGGCGUUGCCUUUGCCUACACUGCACACAACUAGUGACACGGAGUAUAGGUCAGUGUGCACGAAGCAUGGGGUGUGCUUAUCUAGCAAGCGUCAUUGUUUGUGACGUAGCCGGUAGGCUUCAUCAUGCAGGCCCCUCAGCUAGCUAGCUCACUUCGUACGUUAUUUGGCAAUGCGACAAAACUUGUGUUAUGCUUUGUGUUUAAUCAGUAGAGUAAUAUUUGUGGCUGGACCUUUCAGCAUUAUGUUAGAUAGGCAAAUAUUUUUUGCGCUGAAGUGUUUAAACACUUUGAUGCAUAAUGGGGCGCUUAUUUGAAUGAAAUUCAAUGGAGGAAGGAACCAAGCUAAAAAUGGGCAAGUUAAAGGCAAGCUCUCGUGUGCAGGGACGGUGCCAAAGGGAGGCGAGGGGCGGCGGGCGCCUCCCCUAAAAUUUGACCUACCUCCCCAAAAUAAACUCACCUAUACCCCCCCCCCCCCCCUCCCCUCCAAAUGGCACUGAUACUUGCUGGCCUGCUUGUCACUUUCCUAGUUCUCUCGUCCGUGCAUUGUCUUGAAGCACACCCAGCCUAAGGAGGCCCCAUACCGGGUGUUCUCAACUUCUUUGUGUCGCCUGCUUUCUUUCUUCGUACCCUGUGAAGAAUGUAGGAUGUACGGAUAUCGUGACGACCUGUCGAGGUGACGCCUCAAAAUUGUCCAAGGUCGACCAUGGAACAUUUCCCGAAAGCAGCGUCUAUAGGAUUAGGGGCCGAGGUACUUCGCCCAAGGGAUUACUCGGAGAUCUGGAAUGGAAUCUUAUCUGUACCGCUGUGUCGCUUCAAACCUGGCGGACAAAGGAACUCAAGGGCACUGUCUCUGUGCCUUGGCACUUAUUAAAAUAUUAUAGCGCAAAAUGACGAAGGAAAAACGAGGGAGACAGGAAGGAUCUUAUUGUAGUUCCUUUAGGCACUGCCCACGUUCUGACCGAGGAAGUCCACCAAAGUCUUCCAAGUCUACGACUGCGACUCUGGUGUGCGACUGGUCCUUGAAGCAGCUUUGGUGACGAUGACCGUGUGUUUGUGUGUGUGCUCGGUAAAGGGAACGGAUGGAGCCUGGCGGUUGGAGAACUGCCACACUUUCAUCAUUAGUUGCCCUCGACCCUGGGGCAGAGUUUCCAGGAGUAUGAGGUGUGUUGGUCUGUUUGCUCUAGGGGAUGAAAGUAAAUAAAUACUGUUGCCAGUUGGGAA